AUGCCGUGGAAAGGAUUGAAAAUCGGUGGCACCGGCCAAAAAGGCGGUUCAGACAAAACGCAGAGAACGGAUUCAAAUAUUCCAGCUCGAUUCAGUGACCAUGCCCCCCGCGCGGUUCACUCCAGCGAACACAUAGUUCCCCAAGCACCCGAAUUGCUAUCUGCCCCUCCUCAGAAAAUACCUUCCUCAUCCUUUGAUCACGGCGAAAGAAAGGCGACGCAACUUGAAAGUCGUGCUCUUCGAGCUCAGAAUACCAAACGAAACAGAUUCAGCUUGUUGAGGUUUCGCCAUGCCUCUGAUCCUCAGCUGUCAGCAUCGUACCAUGAUGGAGAGCUUCCACCUGUUCCAGCCAUUCCUAAAAGCGCUCAAACACCAAAAAUAAUCACAACGUCCCCAACCACCGAUAACCUUGACCAAGUCGCAAAACGCAAAAGUAUCUUCAAGCUAUCCCAUCCUAAAGCACCGAUUGAAAAGCCCAAGUCAGCUGGAACCAGCCCUACUCCCCUGACUAGUAAUUCUCUGCCCCCGUUUCCAGUCUCUGCCACGGCUCCAUCGAGCGUUAGGGCCUCCCAUAUCAGUUUCGAGGAGCCCCAAGGACGGCUCUCAACUGCCUCUUUACGUAGUGGCCCCGUCCGUUUUCAAGACGGUACACACCACGGCCUGCUCCCUGCGGCCAGGGUAUCAGAAUCAUCAAGGUCCGAUGGAAGUUCAGCGGAACAUGGCGUUUACAACAGCGCGUCAAGAACGGAUGCCUCCUCCAGUACCUCUUCGUUUUUCCGUCUUCCGAGAUUGAAGAAGAAUCGACACAGUCUUCUCCCAUUUCCCGCAAAAAUUCCUCUAUCCGGGCAGUUCCCAAAACCUGACCUACACACGCGUGCGAUGCCUACUUCAUCCAUCGACCAGGAUCGAGAGCUUCUUUCUCCACUUCCAUCCCCAUCCCGCUCAUCUCUUGGUCGUGCGGCCCAAACCCCAAGCUCUCCCGAACCAAACCUCUUGCGCAAUAAUUCAAUCGCGUCCGCUCAUUCUGUGAGAUCUUCCCUGUCACUUAGAUUGUCAAACAGGCCGACUCGUCGAGGAAGAUCAUCGACGAUAGGCUCUCUUGCUGAUAUUCAAGAUGAUGCUCGCCAGUCAUCUGCCGAGAUCGUCCCGUCUAGUCGCACGUCAACGUUCACUGCUCCACGAAAAAGUUUCAGCGACAUGUUUAGCCCUUCACAAAGGUCGAAGCACCAAAUAGAAAGGUUUCCACCAGAAAGCCCUUCCGAUAGAGUUCCAGGAACCCCUCAGUCGGCGAUAUCCAAACCAAAUUCUUUUUCGAUAGCACGAGAAGUAGCUAGCUGCCCUCCUAGAGAACCGGACGAUACUCCAGGGACUUAUCUUAGCCGGCUCGAGAAUACUGUCCAUAGGGCAGCCAUUGCUACAAUUCUGUCUCAGGGAGCGGAUGACUUCUAUAAAACAGCGCUAAGAAAAUAUAUGCGCAGCUUUUCGUUUUUUGGAGACUCGAUGGAUAUGGCAAUUCGAAAACUCCUCAUGGAAGUAGAGUUGCCGAAAGAGACCCAGCAGAUAGACCGCGUUCUCCAAGGAUUUGCCGAUAGAUACCAUGAAUGCAACCCGGGUAUCUUCGCGUCAACCGACCAAGCUUAUUUCAUUGCGUUCUCCCUGUUAAUUCUCCAUACGGACGUCUUUAACAAGAAUAACAAACGAAAGAUGCAGAAGCAGGAUUAUGUCCGCAACACGAGAGGCGAAGGACUAGCAGAAGAGAUUCUCGAAUGCUUUUACGACAAUAUCUGCUACACUCCUUUCAUUCAUGUGGAGGACGAAGUGAAUUUGGGGGUGCGGCGACUAGGACCCAAGUCGCGUAGUCCUUUGUUCAAAGUUGCGGGCUCCGAUCAUAUAUCAAGGGCCUCUAGAGAUCCUGUUGACCCAUAUACUCUGAUCCUCGAGGGUAAACUUGGAGCUCUACGGCCAAAUUUCAAGGAUGUCAUGGAUUUGGAAGACGUAUACAGCACUUCGGGGCUUGAUCAUUCACGGGAUAUGAACGAGCUUCAUCAACUGUUCUAUAAGCCGUGCGUCUUGCAGAUAGUGUCGGAAAGGUCCCGGCCGGAUGCUUUCGUGACACAAACUUCCAUCGCGAACCCUGCGGAAUCGCAACCGGGAUUAGUAGAUAUCAGAGUGGCUAAAGUUGGGCUCCUGUGGAGAAAAGACCCUAAAAAAAAGAAGACCCGAUCUCCAUGGCAGGAAUGGGGUGCUGUGCUGACCGGCUCACAGCUUUAUUUUUUUAGAGACGUCCAGUGGGUAAAGUCGUUGAUAUCACAGUACGAGUCGAGACAGAAUCGUGGCCGUCGCCACGCUGUGGUUUUUAAACCUCCUGUUUCUGAUUUUAAACCCGACGCUAUCGUUUCCACCGCCGAUGCCGUGGCGUUACUGGAUUCAAGUUACAAGAAGCAUAAACAUGCCUUUUUGUUCGUUCGCCAUGGGGGAUUUGAGGAAGUCUUUUUAGCGAACAGCGAUACCGAGAUGGACGAUUGGAUCUCCACCAUAAAUUAUGCAGCUGCAUUCAGAACCACAGGUGUCCGGAUGAGGGGAAUGAUCGGUGCCAAUUAUGAAGGCUACCUCCCCCAGAAGAGUGCUCGAGCAAACUCGAUAACGUCGGAUACAUCUGAGACACCUACAGUGUCUGAACUCGCUCUUGCGAAUACUAGAAGGAUGGAUCCACGUCUGGCAGAAGAAGUUUUUGCGGCUCGUCGCGAACUGGUCUCGACAAGGAUAACGGAAGCGAACGAGAAGUUAUCCUCGACUCAAAAACAGCUGGAAGACCUCCUCCAAAAUGCGAGGCACCUCCAAAUCCUAACUCCUAUUCACCCUCGUGCCAGGGACCAGGUUCUGCUUGCAGCCGGGCGAAUGGCAGCUAAAAUUAAAUGGGUUCGAUUGGAUAUUUGGCGAUCGAAAUGCCAUCGAGACGUGUUGGCACUCGAUUUAGAGGAAGAGGAGAAGCAUCUAUCUGUGAAAAGGGUUCCUCCAAGCAGCACCCCAAGUGGAAACGAAUUAUGUUCGGUUUCCAGUCAGGAGCGACCGCUGGCAUCAGAGUCUGCACCGAGCUUAGCUCCCACGUCCCCAAGGAGCAACCGGUCCUCCAAACGACCACGUUCACGCUCUCCAACGCCAGUUAGAGCAGCUAGCCCACCCGAUGGUUCUAUCGAACGUGUUUCAGUGAAUAUUCACAGGCCCGGACCCCCGAAAUCCCUCACGGCCUCUGACAUAGCCGCUCAAACGCGGAAGCCUUCAAUCUCUGGGAGCAAAGAUGACGCCAGUAUUGAUUUAUUAAAGAAGCCAGGGGAGACUGGGCUCCCACGUGAGGCUUCAGUGACUUCGAUAAGCGGUCACCGAACCCCAACUCCCAGUGUAUUUGAUAACGAGGAAGAGCGUCUUCUUCGGGAAGCGGGGAUCUUAUCCAAUGAACUAUUGACGCAAAUGUCUGCCACCGGCGAAGCGGUGGAUGGAUCCAGUAACGCAACUCUUGACGGUCCUAUCGAACCACCGUCUAGCGAAGGUCGAAGCAAGGUUCGCAGAAGUCUGCAUCGGACGCUUCGUGAGGGCCAUUUAAUCCCCCAUCAUCAGCGCAGCAAAAAAGGUAAAGAUUCUGCUUCGAUGAUCUCCACAGCCAGCGACGGAAAUGUCCCUGCAGAAACUGAGGUUCUGCCACGAGGUACUGGAAGUUUCACUCUUCACGGAAAAAAGGCAUCUGUGGUUACCUUUGGUUCCGAAUGGGAAAACAUGUCGCCGGAACAACGGUUAAAACAACGUAAACCUAUUGACCCCGAAGAUUCGCAUCCAUCAGGGAUACCGGGCUCAGACGGCCAGGUUGACCUACCGACCUCAGAAAGUAUUAGCGGUAAAAAGACGUACUCGCUCAGGUCUGUGAGCACCACCACAGCCAAAAGCGUCCGGCAACGGGAUAGUACUCAGGAAAAGAUCGGUGACCUUACCUCCCCUGGAGGAUCUUUAGCUGAGAUCAGCUCCCCACAUAGCAAUGAGCACAGCGGAACAAUCGACGCAGAUUCCGUUAUUAUUGAAGAAGAGGAAGACUCCCAUGAAGAACCCCACGAUCCACCGGUUCAACCUGCAACGGCCAAGGAACAGUUUAAGAACUCGACCGAUGAGCCAGAAGAAUCAGUCCUGACUUCUGCAGAGAUGGGACCGGCCAUUCAUGAUACUCCUCUUCAAGCAAACCGCAUUGUUUCGGAACAAGCCAUUGAAGCGUAA